AUGAGCUGCCACACGCCUUUUGGUUCGUUCGAGGGGUGGAAGGGGGAUGGUGUGGUGCAGUAUCGGGGUAUCAAGUAUGCGUUUUUGAGGGAUCAGAUGGCGGUUCCUCAGUUGGUUACUGAGUAUGGGUCUGAAAGGGUGGAUGCGACGGAAUUUGGGCCCCGCGCACCUGCAAUGGAUGGCUGCGCCUUUGAGCAAUCUACAUUGAUACAGUGCGAUAUUGGCGGCGGUCCGGAUCUUCCCAUGUCAGGCAGGGAGUGUUUGAAUCUGAAUGUGACUAUUCCUUCUGACACUCCUUUGUCUGGAGCACUGCCAGUCAUGGUCUUUAUCCACGGUGGUGGCUUCAUUAUGGGUGGGUCACACUGGCCGCAAUAUGACCCUUGCCGGCUGGUUAAGAUGUCGGUAGAGAUGAACAUGCCUGUUGUGGUUGUCAACAUCAAUUUUCGCAUGGGCAUGCUGGGCAACCUAACCAGUGAGGAGUUGAGAAAAGCUGGAUAUCCUGGGAACAAUAGUCUGAGAGAUCAGCAGUGUGCGCUAAGAUGGGUGAAGAAAUUCAUUGGAGGUUUUGGAGGAGACAAGGACAAUGUAACGGUGUUUGGAGAGAGUGCUGGUGCUGUGUCAGUAUUGCAUCAGCUGAGUGCUGAAGAGCCACUCUUCAAGCGUGCGAUUAGCAUGUCCGGGACACCACUUAUGCUUAAGCCAAUGUCUGCCUCCGCCGCCGAAACAUCUUAUAACAACAUUCUAAAAGCUCUGGGGCUCGAAAAUGCUUCAACUCAAGAAAUAAUCAGCCGCUUUCUCAGCAUCAGCCCGGAAGAGCUUGUUGAAAGAAUACCCAUAAAUGUUCCCCUCAUCCCUUUCCAGGACAACGAUAUUCUUCCUCAAACCCCGACGUUUGCAGACUUGCGAAACAACAACCUCUUGUCUUUGAACAACACAUUUUGCGAAGAAAUCUUCAUCGGCUCUUGUGCUCAUGACGGUAGCGUCUUCUUCUUCAUGGGUCUAUCUUCUCUCUUCCCAAACAUUGCGUCGGCUCUCAUCUCCUCCUUCUCUCAUUCCCUUUCUGCAUCGGCGGCUCAAAUCGUCCUUUCUACAUACGGGAUCAACCUUUCGACACCCGACGACGAAGCAAAAGAUUCCAUAAUCGACCUAGCUACAGACAUCGCAUAUCAUGCGCCUGCGCAACAUUAUGCUCGUGCCUUCAAAGGAAAGAUCUGGGCAUAUAGAUUCAAUCAGGGAAACCCAUGGGACGGGAUGUUCAAGGGAAAGAGUACGCAUCUGCUUGACGCGGCAUUCUUGUUCCAGAACUUCAAUGAUCACAUGGAUGAUGAGGCGAAGCAGACGGCCAGGAGGUUUGCAGAGGACUUUGUAGUGUUUGCGAAUGGAAAGGCAAGUGUAAUAUGGGAAGAUAGUGUGGAAAGACAUUACGGUAAGGGUGGUUGUGAAGAGAAUAAAUUGGAGAAAUUGGUAAGAGAAGAAAAAGUAGAUUUGGAUGAACUGAGUGGGGCGUGGGAUAUGUUUUUGGCUGGAAAAUGA